CCACACCGUUGUGUUCAAUCUUUGUCAAGCAUAGUAACCAAAUGGUCCCCGAUAAUUGCAGUUGCUUUGCCAGGUUCCAUCUCAUUUGUCCUGUCUCCCUAGAUUCCGAGUGUCUCGCUACUCCUUCCCAUAUAUGCACGCACCUCGCGCGUGGUCACCGUGCGAAGUGCCGCUGCCAGAGUGCCGGCUACCAACCCCGUUGGCCCCGGCCGGAAGUGGAACCUAGGAUACCGCGGCAGCCAUCGAUUUCAUGGCGCCGGGAGAAGCAAACACGGCCACCACCGGCGGCCCGCGCCGCCGCCGCGUGCUGGUCUUCCCUAUCCCGUACCAGGGCCACAUCAACCCCAUGUUCCAGCUCGCCGGCCUCCUCCACGAGCGCGGCUUUGCCGUCACCGUCUUCCACACCCACUUCAACGCCCCCGACCCGUCCCGCCACCCGACCUACGACUUCGUGCCCGUCCUCGACGGCUUGCCGGCGGGCAGCCCCGGCACGGUGGCGGCGACCGUCGAGCACAUCUUCGCCAUCAACAGCUCCUGCGAGGCGCCGUUCCGGGAGCGCCUGGCCGCCCUGCUGGAGGCUCCUGGCGGCAGGGACGAGGUCGCGUGCCUGGUCGCCGACGCGCACCUGCUGACCCUCAUGGACGUGGCGCGGCAGCAGGGCGUGCCGGCGCUGGCGCUGCGCACCGGCAGCGCCGCCUGCUUCCGCAACUUCAUGGCCACCCCGAUGCUCUGCGACAAGGGCUACCUCCCGGCGAGCGCGGAGUCGCAGCUGGACGCGCUGGUGAGGGAGCUGCCGCCGUACCGCGUCCGGGACCUGAUGGCCGUCACCGGCAGCCGCCACGAGCACGAUCUGGUGUGCAAGCUGCUGGCCCGCGCCGUCGAGGCGGUGAGGACCUCGGCGGGGUUCAUCCUCAACACCUUCGACGCGCUGGAGGCCGCCGACCUGGCGGCGACCCGGCGAGACCUCGCCGGCGUGCCGGUGUUCGACGUCGGCCCGCUCCACAAGCUCUCCCCGGCGUCGUCCAGCAGCCUCCUGCAGCAGGACCGCUCCUGCCUCGACUGGCUGGACGCGCAGGCCCCGGCGUCCGUGCUGUACAUCAGCUUCGGCAGCCUGGCGAGCAUGAGCGGCGAGGACCUGGCCGAGGCGGCGUGGGGCGUGGCCAACAGCGGCCAGCCGUUCCUGUGGGCGCUCCGGCCGGGGCUCGCCCGCGGGGCCGCCCUGCCCGACGGGUUCGCGGCGGCGACCGAAGGCCGUGGACUGGUGGUGGGCUGGGCGCCGCAGGAGGAGGUGCUGGCGCACGCGGGCGUGGGCGGGUUCUGGACGCACGGCGGGUGGAACUCGGCGCUGGAGGGCGCGUGCGGGGGCGUGCCCAUGCUCUGCCGGCCCUGCUUCGGGGACCAGAUGGGCAACGCGAGGUACGUGGAGCACGUGUGGCGCGCGGGCAUCGCGCUGGACUGUGGCGGCGUGCUCGAGCGGGGCGCCGUGGAGGCGGCCGUCCGGCGGCUCAUGCGGAGCGAGGAGGGGGAUGAGAUGAGGGGGCGAGCCCGGGAGCUCCGGAGCAGAGCGGCGGAGGCCAUCGCCGAGGGUGGGUCGUCUCGCCGCAGCGUCGACAAGCUGGUGAACCACAUCCUGUCGCUCUAGUAGAACUGUAGAAAUGAGUUCAGAGUACUACCACGACUGCUUGUUUGUCUUGUAUCCCCAUCUGCAGUCCAUGACUGACGGAAAACCGGGGAUUCAGUGAUUCAGUCACGAGCUGCAGCACUUAAAACUCAGAAUCCUGUCGUGAUCUCACCUACUGCAACAUAUAAGAAACUUAUAUAUGCAACUUGGUGG